AUGGUUAUUCGGACGACCUUGAAAGCUGUUAUGCAGCUUCUCAUCGUCAUCUCAUUUCUUGCAUUCUCCGUAGCAGCUCAAAUUCUCACAGCACAAGUAUCAACACCAACAUCAUGGACCAAUAAUAUAUCCCUAUCUUAUGACAAUUUUACACGAAUAAUCCUCUCUGAUGGAAAUGCUGCUGCUGCAUUCCAAAACAAAACGAUUUCUUCCGGAUCCAAUUUUGGUUCCGUUUGUGCAUUUCGCAGUGCUUCUGACGGUGAUGGUCGCUUCUUUCUUGUUGUUGCGUUGUUAACAAUAUAUACAGAUAAUUACUCUAAUUUGUCCAUAUAUGAUUAUGCCAACAUAUGGUCUGCAAAUAGAAACAGACCCGUUGGUGAGAAUGCAAAGUUACAGUUACUAGUUGAUGGAAAUUUGGAGCUGAGAGAUGCAGAUGGAAGUCUGGUUUGGUCUACCAACACAUCUAACAAGUCUGUUGCAGGUAUGAAGAUGAUGGACACUGGAAAUCUUGUCCUCUAUGAUGCCAAUAACAAUAUUGUUUGGCAGUCUUUUGAUCAUCCAACAGAUACAUUACUUCCCGGCCAGAAAUUGGUGAGAGGCCAGAAGCUGGUGAGUAGUGUUUCAAAUGGCAAUAUCUCAGAGGGAAAUUUCUAUUUUUCUGUGACCUCUAAAGGUCUGUUUGGUUUUUAUCAAACUAAUGUCCCACAGAUGUAUCUUAAAUUCUAUGGUGAAAACCUGGAAAGCAUAGAGCUAAACUACGAUGGAUCUGAGGAUAUUGUGUUAUAUGUCAAUGCAUCUGUGUUUGGUGUGAGCAGGUUUCUUUAUCAAGCCUCUGUUCGUGGUAGACGAGGACCUUUCUUAAAAUUUGAAUCAAAUGGGCAUUUCAUUCUUUAUGACAGCAGUGGGAUUAGAGCUGAUAACAUGUUGACUGGCUAUCUGUCGGAAUGCGAUUACCCAACACUAUGUUGA